AUGUCCCUGCUAGGUGGUGAGUUCACAUCUGACCUCUUGCUAGCCUUCUGUGAGGAGGACGACAUCCGCCAGUCGUUCACGCUUUCGGCCUCUCCGCAGCAGAAUGGGGUUACUGAGCGCCGCAUUGGCUUAGUCAUGGAGGUCGCUCAUACCUCCAUGAUCCAUGCGGCUGCCCCCCAUUUUCUGUGGUCGUUUGCGGUCCGGUACGCCGCGCAUCAGCUCAACCUCUGGCCCCGUGUCUCCGUGCCGGAGACUUCGCCCACACUACGUUGGACGGGGGAGGUUGGCGAUGCGUCGCGUUUUCGGGUCUGGGGUGCUCGUGCCUUUGUCCGCGAUCUCACCACGGACAAGCUCCCUGCUCGCGCCAUUCCCCGUGUCUUCCUUGGCUUUCCUCUUGACGCGCCUGGCUGGCAGUUUUAUGACCCCGCCUCGCGACGUGUCUUUGCGUCUCAGGGCGUCACCUUCGACGAGUCGGUCCCCUUUUACCGUCUCUUUCCCUACCGCAUUGCUCCUCUCCCCCCCCCGGCGCUCUUUCUCGCUCCAGGUCCUCCCCAGGUAGACCCCCUCCCCCCUCCAGGUCCUGCUCCUUCAGGUGUGUCUCAGGUAGACCCUCCCUUGACUGAGCCUGUUGAGGUCACUGGUGACUCAGGACCUAUUGGGGGUGGUCCUGCUCGGGGUGCUGAGCCUGAGCGUGCUGAGCCUGGGGGUGCUGAGCCUGGGGGUGCGGAGCCUGAGGGUGCUGAGCCUGAGCGUGAGGAGCCUGGGGGUGCUGAGUCUGGGGGUGCGGAGCCUGGAGGUGCUGAGCCUGAGCGUGAGGAGCCUGGGGGUACUGGGUAUGGGGGUGCUGAGUCUGGGGUCACACUCGUCGACGUGAGCCUCUCUCUCCACAGCAGCUACACGUAUGGUACGCUCGCCGUUAGGGUCGCACUGCUGGAGCUCGGGGUUCUGCCGCUGGUGGCGCUUCUGCUAACGUCACUGGCGCUGGUGAGCGAGGAGCAGGCGACACUGGAGCAGCUGGGUCUGAGGACCCUGGCGUUGGUGGUACUGCUGACCUUGCUACAGGAGGUGCUGUUGGAGCUGCUGGCGCUGGAGCUGGGAAUGGUGCUGGUACUUUGUCUGCUGGAGGUGCUGGAGCCGCUAGUCCCGGAGGUGCUUGUACUGGAGGUACUGGAGCUGCUGGGGCUGGAGGAGCUGCUGGACCUGGUGGUCCUCCUGCUGGAGGUACUGGGGCUUGAGACCUUGGAGCUGGUGCUGUCGACCCUGGAGCUGGAUGUGUCGUUUCUGAGGGUACUGCUGCUGGUGGCGCUGGAGCUGGAGGUGCUGGCGCUGGAGGUUCUGGAGCUGCUGGGGACGGUGGAGCUACUGCCUGGCUCACCACUGCCUGCUCCUUCUCCAUUCACUGAGCAGACAGGAGGUCUUGCUGAGCGUCGUGACUCUACGUCUCGUCUUGUCUCGCCUGUUCGCACUGGUCGCACUGGUCGUGUUCCUCGUGAGUGUCCGCCUGCCGUUCCCGGCACGCACACUAUGGUACUACGUCCUUCCUCUGUUCCACAGCGUGUUCCUCUGCUGUCUCCUCCUGCGUCCUCUCUGCCUGACGUUCCGGACCCUGAGUCUGACCGGUUUCGUGCUACACACCCUACUGUCACGCGUCUGUUAGCCACUGUUGUCACUAACCCGUCGUUUGAGUCUGCUGCUGCAUCUGCCUUAGUCGCUGAGCUUGUUGACUUUGCUGCUCUCUGUCGUCUCGACUACGCCGCUAGUCUUGUUGCUGAGUCUGAAUCUGUCUGUCCUCCGUCCGUCGGGGGUGAGUGUGCUCUUGGCACGGACGUCCUUAAGGACAGUUAG